AUUAUUUUCAAUUCACUAUUAACUACGCUGUGAUACUUCCUCAACAAUGAUUUUAAUGCCAAAGGAAUCCGCAAAAUUAAUAGAUGUUUGUUCUAAGGAUGUUUCCGUUGAAGAAGAAGGAAUCAAAAAUCUUGCUUAUGCGGUUUUUGAAGCCCUUAAUGAUCGCAAAAUAAGCGUGAACAAUUUUUCACAAUGUCAGUUUCACCCUUCUCCCGAUGAUCUAAAGGCAGUCGAUUGGAUAUUUGUCUUGGACACAUUGAAUUAUUCCUUUUGGAGUAAAACGAAUUGUCCAAAAUGGACUGUUAAUGGCCAAACUGGGUAUUUUGCCUUGUGUGCUGCUAUUAAGAGAGCUGUAGAUGAGGGAAAACCUAUAGUCGACCCCAAGUAUUAUUCUCAGAUAACGAGAUCCGAAGCUGAGCAUAUUUUUCGUGGCGAUACUGAAACUAGUAUCCCGCUGUUAGACGAAAGAGUUAAAUCCUUGAGAGAUGCCGGAAAGGUUUUGUUAGAAAAGUAUCAAGGUACUUUUACCAACUGUGUGAAAUCGUGUUCGCGCUCAGCCGAAAAAUUGCUGAAAUGUAUCGUGGAAGAAUUUGAGUCUUAUCGAGAUGAGGCAGACUACAGAAUUCACAAAGUUAGCUUCUACAAGCGGGCACAAAUACUGAUAGGCGACAUUUGGGCUUGUUUCAAGGGGCAGGGAAUCGGUGAAUUUGAAGACAUAGACUGCAUCACGAUGUUCGCUGAUUAUCGUAUUCCACAAGUUCUACUACACUUUGGUGCUAUUCGUUAUAGUAAUACUCUUCUGAGCAGACUACAGUCUGAUAUAGAAUUAGAAAACGGUAGCGAAGACGAGAUCGAAAUUCGAGGUUGCUCUAUAGAGGUUAUCGAACGGGUCAAGGAUGAAGUGAGAACUCUAAUCGGGCGCUACCCUAAUCUAGCGUUAAAAAAAUCAGACAUUAACGCGAUAUUGAUCGAUCAUUUUCUAUGGGAUUAUCGGCGAGAACACGCCGCUGAGUUAGAAAGUAUACCGUUCCAUAAAACUAGAUGCAUAUAUUACUGAGCAUAUCACGUGUCUCGUAAUUAGUAUUUAAGGAAAAAACUUUGAAAAUUGCCUAUCACGCGUAUAAUAAUUUUACAAAUUACAUAUCUAAAUAUACGAUGUGUAUGGCUAUCUCAUUUUAUAGCUCUCCAACAAAAAGUAGUAUUUUUACAAUUAUGAAAGAUGCUGAUAGAAUACAUAUACUGAUUUUAUAGUUAUACAGACACUUAUGUACGUGCACGUAUUCAAAUAAAAUACUCAUCAUAUUUUAGCAGGUUUUUAAAUAAUUUCUUCUAAAUG